AUGACUCUGGACUAUGAUAUGGAAGAUGCUGUAGACGAUGAUGACAAGAAGCUUGUUACUACGACGACUCUAGAUGUUUUACGGACUGCCGUAUUUUUACCACUACUGCCAAUUCGAGUUGCCGGACUGGCUCUUUCUGAAGCGCACUAUAUGGCUGCGUUCGCUGCUCACAACUUACAGAACUUGGUGGAAACGCUGGUUGCGUAUGCUCAUACCGGUGCCGCAAGGGAGACCUGGGAUUUUACAUUUCAUAUAUUAAUGAAACUUAUGCGUGGGAUGCUGCGCUUUCGUGGACACGCAUUGUGGAAGGCCCGCGCCGGUACCAGAUUCACUAUAACGCCCAUGUCACGCACAGUGCGCAUCCUUCCAUUCAAGUUCCACGUGUCACGCACACAGCUGCUAGAACCUGAACGAGAAGCCGCUGGACUGAGACCUGAGGGCGUAUACGGAUACACAAUACCUGAAGAGCUAGACGCUAAAGAUAGAUCCAAAGAUUCCAUGACGAUAGACGGUGAAUGGGUGGAGUACACUGGACAACACGGUGCUGAUGGAAGACCAACAGGCAAACCAAUGCCAGAUGCGACUGGUAAAGAGUAUGAACGAAUAAUGGCUCAGUAUCGGGCUUCGUGUGCUGCUAGUGGGAGGAGGCAGAAAGUUAUACUUUAUUUACAUGGAGGGGCCUAUAUGUUUUUGAGUGCGAAAAGUCAUCGGUUCUUGACAAAUAGGAUUGCGCAGGAGACUGGUGCCCGAUUGUUUGUGGUAAACUAUAGACUCGCACCCGAGCACCCCAUGCCCGCUGCUUUGCACGAUGCAUUUGCUGCAUACCGGUUCCUCAUAAACCCACACGACCCGAUCUUCAACAACCCGUCGUCAUUCUUCACCGCAAACUUCCCCAUCCAUAAACCAAUCAAUCCACGAGACAUUAUAGUUAUGGGAGAUAGUGCCGGUGGUGGUUUAUCUACAGCACUGACAGUCUACUUGAAGGACUACCUACGAAAUGCAGAUGGCGCUCCCAUGUAUCCACUACCAGGUGGUCUAGCACUAAUCUCACCAUGGGUCGACCUCACGUGCUCAUCCGAAUCAUUCAAAGCAAACGAAUCAACCGAUUACCUGCCAAGCAAAGACGGCUCAGUCUUUGAAAUGAUGUAUACAGACGGUCCAAACCCCGUCUUCGCAUAUGUAAUUGGUUCGAAACGUGUACAUCGAACAUUUGUGCCGGGCCAUACAGCAUUCAUGGCUACGCCAACUGAAGAACAACGACCGGCUUCUCCUGAACGAUCUUCCGGUAAAAGAACACCAUCGCCAACAUCGUUUAAUCCGGCGGCAUGGUUGGGUAGGAAGGAUUCAGCUGUAAGUGAGAUUGGAAGACCUGUGGCUCCAACUGAUCGCCCUACUACAUGGGUGGACGACGAGGAGGAGAUGUGGAAGGUCUGUCAACAUCCGUUGAUAUCGCCAGUGUAUGCUGAUCCGUCUGGGUUCCCUCCUACUUUGAUUCAAGCAGGAGAUGCCGAAAUGCUGCGAGACGAGACACUGAUGCUCGCACACAAGAUUGCAUCUUGCAAUCCCAAGGUUGCUGAAGCUGGGUUUGUUAGACACGAGUUAUAUCGUGACAUGCCUCACGUCUUCCAAGCAUUCCUCUGGCUCCCAUCCGCCCGCUGUGCAAUCCGCAACAUUGCCAACUUCAUCCGCUCCCUGGACUCACCCAGCUAUUCCGGCUCCCACGACGGCGUUAUGGACAUGAUGUGCCCCGACGCCCAUCUCGCCGAAAACCGUGACGUCCAAGAAGCAUUCGCCAUCCGCAAAGUAUCUGAAACCAACGACCACAUCGUCAUCGAUCUCGACGAUCUAGAAUCCCUACCGCCAUCACCGCCACUCAACAAUGCUGUAAUAGAAGAUACCAAUAAUGAUAGAGUCGAGGCUGCCAUCAAGGACGUUGUGUCGCAAAUGAUGGGUGAAUAUGCUACGUCGGAUGCUAGUGAGUUGAAGAGGAAGUCGUCGUAUGCGAAUUUGAAGGCUGCUGAGAGGCAGGCUGAGAGAGAGAAGUGGGCUGAGAAGAAGAGGGAGAAUGGGGGUGAGGAGGAGUCUGAUGAGGAGGUUGGGGAUGCUGGGAGGGCGUUCUUUAGGGUGCAUUCUUCUUUGGGUUUGAAAUCGCUGGCUCUUCCGUUGACGCCGUUGUAA